CUGACCCUCCUCCAUACUGAGCACACAACAUGGCGAACCGUACAGCACAAAUCCAAGAGUGGCAAGAGAGGGCCAAGGCCCUAGAGCCUCUCAACCUGAAGCAGAUCGAGAAGCCGCUGGGCGAACUCGACGCUCACCUCACUCUUCGCAGCUACAUUGUGGGCUACAGUGCCAGUGAUGCCGACACGACCGUCUGGAAGACGCUGCGAGGCAACAGAGUGGCACACAACUUCAUCAAGCAGGGUCUGAUGGUCAACCUGACCAGAUGGUUCACCUUCAUCGAGGAGACGGCGGCACCCACCAUCGAACUACCGACGCGACCCGUCGAGAAGAAGGCGGGCGACGACGGCGCCAGUUACGAGAUUGGCCUGCCCAACACCGAAAACGGCGUGGUGACGAGGUUCCCACCUGAGCCAUCUGGAUAUCUGCACAUUGGACACGCCAAGGCAGCCCUGCUCAACGACUUCUUCGCCCACAAAAAGUACAAGGGUACCAUGAUUCUUCGCUUCGACGACACCAACCCCUCCAAGGAGAAGGAGGAGUACCAAGAUUCGAUCAUGAAGGACUGCGAGCUGCUCGGUGUCAAGCCCGACAAGGUCUCGUAUACCAGCGACUACUUCCAGAACCUCUACGAGCGAUGCGUGCAGGCGAUCAAGGAUGGUCUGGCAUACACCGACAACACCCCGCAAGAGCAGAUGCAAAAGGAGCGUAUGGACAGGGUGGAGAGUGCACACCGGAACGACUCGGUCGAGGAGAACCUGGCGCACUUUGAGGAGAUGAAGGCCGGGUCGGAGGAGGGUGUGAAGUGGUCAGUACGUGCCAAGAUCGACAUGUCCAGCAACAACGGUGCCAUGCGAGACCCCGUCAUCUAUCGCUGCAACCCCGAGGCACAUCACCGCACGGGUACCACCUGGAAGAUAUACCCCACCUACGACUUCGCGUGCCCGAUUGUGGAUUCUGACGAGGGUAUUACCCACGCUCUGAGGACCACCGAGUACAACGACCGUGAUGCGCAAUACCAAUGGUUCAUCAAGAAUCUCAAGCUGCGUGGUGUGCACAACUGGAACUUUUCUCGCAUGAAUUUCGUCAAGACAUUCCUGUCCAAGCGUAAGCUGACCAAGGUCGUCGACGAAGGCAAAGUCUGGGGCUGGGAUGAUCCGCGUAUGCCUACUGUCCGUGGCAUUCGUCGUCGUGGCAUGACGAUUCCCGCACUACAGGAAUUCAUCAUCCGACAAGGACCCAGCAAGAACAUUAACAUGAUGGAUUGGACCGCGUUCUGGGCCACCAACAAGAAGUACAUUGACCCCAUCGCAAAGCGUUACACUGCCGUCGAAUCAAAGGAUCAAGUCAAGGUCAUCGUGACUGGCGCACCAGAGGCUCCCCGCACGGAAGAGAAACCGGUGCAUGCCAAGAAUGCCGAGCUGGGAAACAAGAAGGUCAUUUUCAGCAAGAAUGUCAUCAUGGACCAGGCAGAUGCACAAUCGUUCGCCGAGAACGAAGAGAUCACGCUGAUGAACUGGGGUAACGCGAUUGUGAGGAAGAAAACGUACACACUCCUCGACAGCCUCAACCCGGUCAAGUCAGAGGAGAAUAAGGUGGUCAGAGAGCUGGAAUUAGAGCUGCACCUGCAAGGCGAUGUGAAGAAGACGAGCAAGAAGGUCACAUGGCUGUCGACCGAUCAAGAGCUCGUGCCGCUUGUCAUGUAUGACUUCGACUACCUCAUCAAGAAGGAUAAGCUCGAGGAGGACGAUGAUUUCGAAAAGUCGUUGAACCCAGAGACGGAGUUCAAGACGGAGGCGCUCGCCGAUUGCAACGUGGCAGAUCUCAAAGAAGACGACAUUGUGCAAUUCGAUCGCAAGGGAUUCUUCCGAAUCGACAAGUCCUUCAAGCACGGAGAGGCCGUCAUGGCUUUCCAGAUUCCUACGGGAAAGAAAAUGUAGAUUGCGGCUUGAGCGAUUGGCGAGGAAGAGAUUAUCCAGAUAGAUAUCUGAGCCAUUGUUAUGACCACCCAUCGACUCGCUUCUCAC